AUGGCAUCAAGCGCAUUCACUAGAGGAUCACAUACCAUGAACUCUAUGGUUUUCAAUCUCAAGCCACUGGCGCGAAAAGCAGGUUACCACAAGAGCACGAUUCGAGAAACCAUGAAGAUGGAGAAAGAAGAAGUAAAUAAUGUGAGGCAUAAUAAAGGUGAACAAAGCAAAAAAGAUGGGAAUCUAUGGGUUCCUGAUGUGCGUACUGGGAUUUAUUACCCUAAAGGCCACGAGAAAGUUAUGGAAGAUAUCCCUCCCAAGGAUUGGAAAGAUAUGAAUUGGAUGUCAUAUGGUGACAACAUUCAUUAAUAGUUAUAUUUAUAUAUAUGCUUAAUCAUUAAGAGAAUUAUCUCAUAUUACAACUCUUGUCAAUUAAUCAAAAUAUUGGUCAAAUUCUUCUCAGUGCAAAAUUCUACUUGUAAAAAAAGAAAAAAAAUGAGUUGAUGGAGAGUUGCAGUUUCAAAAAUGAUGAAUUUGAAGACCCUCAUCUAUAUUUUUAUUACUGUU